AGAGAUAAACGGUCUAAGCCCAAAAACUAAAAAAGUAAAGACCUAGCAAAAUUGAAGCAACCGGCCACGCCGUCCUCUCGAUUCGCGUCCGCGACCGAAUCCCUCGGUUCCCGCCGCCGGCCGCCGCACGUCCGGUCAAACCGCCGCUCUCCGUCGAGGUUGAAUUUUCAUUAUGAUGAAAAUGAACAAGGUAAAGCGAGACGCGCGGUCGGAGGAAAAGAAGAAGAAGAAAAGAAGCAGGGAACAAAAUGCUGAUGUUGAACUUGAAACACAUGUUACAUUGAACACUCAAGAGGAUCGUGGAAUGCGCGAUAGAAAAGCAAAUAAGGACAAAGCUUCUACCAACAGAAAAAGAAAGAACAAGGAGAAAAGUCGAGUUGAAAGACAAAUGCCAGUGGGUGAAGAAGUUGAUUUGGUAGAGAAAAAUGAUGGAAUAUUGGACAACUGUCAUUCUAAAUACGAGGAGAUCAAGGACUCUAUGGAGCAUGGAGACUCGGAUAUUGGAGCAUCUGUUGAACCCUGUAGGUCAAAGAAAACCAAGAAGAAAAGAAAAAAGGAGGUUCAAAAUUCACCAGAAAAGGUAGAAGGGCAUCAUCAAGAUGAAGUUCAUAUUAUUUCUUCUGGGGAUGAAGACUGCUCAAAAGGAAUGAAAAAAUGGAUCAUGGAAUACCAUCAAAGUAGACCAGGGUUGGAAACAUUGCAACGUCAAAUUGAUGACUUUAUAACUGCUCAUGAGGAAAAACUUGAGGAGGAAAGAAAAGAAAAAGAAGCCCUUGCUGCAGAUGGGGGAUGGACGGUUGUUGUGCACCAUAAGGGUAGAAAGAAAACUACUGAAUCUGAAAGUGGAAUUGCUGUGGGCUCGGUUGCUCAAGCUGCUGUGGAGAAUAAAAUGUCCAAAAAGAAGCCUAAAGAAGUUGGUUUAGAUUUCUACCGCUUCCAGAAAAAAGAAGCCCAUAGAAAUGAGCUCAUGGAGUUGCAGAGCAAAUUUGAGGAGGAUAAAAAACAUCUUCAGCAGUUGAGAGCUUCCAGGAAAUUUAGACCUUAUUAGACAAGGUUUUUAGCAUACCAUGUCAACAGUAGUGUUUUUGGAUGGAUCGGCCCCCCGGAGGUGGGGCCAUGAAUUCCAGAAGUUGAAUUAUCCCAUUGCCCUCAAAUUAGAAAAAUGUUUCGUUUAUAUUUAAUCGAAAGUAGUUUUAAAUUUAGUGUAGGUGAUAGUUAUUUUGAUUUGAGAUAUAUGAUUUUGCUGGUUCCCUUCAUUGUGCCUGUUUGGCAAGAUUGUUAUAAACUUCACAAUGUCACCUGUUUUUGGAUAUUUAUUUACUUGUAACAUGCAAAUUCAUUAUCAAAAAACAUGCAAAUUCAUGUAAGAAAUUUUGAUAAUUUGAACAA